AGGAGAGCUGCAGGUCGGGACCACGGUUCAGGCCAGCGCUGACAGGGGCUCUCCGAUUCCAGGACGUAGGCGCUUUAUUUAGCUAAACCGCAGCCCCUAGCCCAGCGUGUCCCACUUCCCAGCAAACGGGGUCCUUCCAACCAGACUUUUCAUAACGAGCAGCCCCGCCAGCAGGGACUAACGAGGUCAGCGUGGGAUCAGUUAGCAGGGGGACAGAGCGCCUAUUCUCCCUCUGGCCGAUUACAGCGAGGUUGGGAUCAAGGGAAUUAGGAAAGGGCUCCGAGCCGGGCUAAUCAGCUGAGCCCACAGCAUUGAAAGCCGCCUCCUGCUCUGGGGUCCCUCAUUUCCCAGGAUCCGGGGAGAGGGAAUGAGAACGUGACCUGCCCAAUGCCACGCACCAGAGCUCUGCCAAGCACAGGGGCAGCCGCUCUCCCAGGGGGCGCUGGCUCCCUCGAGGCACCAGUACUUGGCCGAAGCGAACGGGGUUUUCAUCCAUCCGGCAGGGCAGCACUGUCCCCUCCCAGGCACAGGGCAGGCUCAGGGUACGCAGCCCCUGCGUCCUGACCGCGGGUUAGCAGCGGGAGUUAAAGCCCAGAGGGCGGCCUGCGGGCGAACCCGCACUGCUAACGCCCGUUAAAAGCGGAGCGGCCGUGUCUUCCCGGGGGGCUGACCCCGAGUUAAGAACAGCCAUUUGCUGCCGUGUAGACGCCCCUGGGUUGCUGGGCCCCGUGACCCCUGAACCAUGGCAAGCAACAACGGUGGCUGGGGUCCUCCCCAGCCCCACAAGCCGAAUGGGAAACCGGAGCAGUUCAAAUACUCAGGUGUCGUCAAGAAAAAGAAUUCGGAAGUUUAUGUCGGAAAUGUCCCGCCUGAAAUGAAGGAGGAGGACAUAUUGCUCCUGCUCAGGGACUUCCACCCGCAGCGUAUUAAAAGGUGCCAUUCCGGGUUGAGAAGCUAUGCCUUUGUAGAUCUCGGCUCCUCUGAGCAGGUGCAGGCUGCAAUCCAGCGCUUCAGCGGGCACCUCGUGAACGGACGUCGCCUGUUUCUGAGCCGCACGGGCACAGGCAACGGGAGGAAGGACCCGGCUGGGACCCAGAGCACCGUGGGAAUGCCCGCUUUGGAGAGAGUCCCCAGAGGAGAGCUUGGUCUGAGUCAGGCAAAGGCAGAGAACCAAACCCUGCAGCCGGCACCUCCCGAUGCAGUGAGGCAGAUCUGUUACGCGGUUCCCAUGGAAAUGAGAGGUUCCUUCUUGGCCCUCAUGCUGAAAGACUGCUUUAAGGAUUUGAACUGGUUGGUGUCCAUUGCAAAGCUGCACGGAGAGGCGGGGCUGCUGGUGACGGAUGCUCUGCCACAGACCCCGUACUUCUGGGCCAUACACCUCACAGAGGAAAGUCACUCGAACAUGCACAAGCUGUUCUGCCAGCUGGCGGAAGAGGAAUCCAAGCAGCCCUACCUGCCGAAGCAGGCGGUGCAGCGAGGGACCCGGUGCAUGGCAGAGUGCAUUCUGGGGGACGACGGCGCGGCGUGGAACAGGUGCUGGGUCUUGGAGAAAGUGGAAGAUCUUGCAGUAGUUCUCUUUGUGGACUUUGGCCGUUCGGCCACUGUCCCUCUGAACUCACUGCGGAAGCUGGAUGAAGACGAUUUCUGGGACAUAAAACCGCUGGCCCAGCCCUUCAUGUUCCAAAAAGAGAUGGUCUCUGCAAGACCCAUGGUCCGGCAAAUCCUGCAAGGGAAGGUGGUUGGCCCGUCUCGCCUGGAGCCUCACAUCCUGACAUUCACCUUCUGUGCCGAGGAAGAGGAAGCCGGGGACCCUCAGGAGCUCUGAGCUGAAGUCCCCUGCCUCUAGCUGCCCAAAGCAGGAGGGGGCAGAGAACUGCUGGACCUUGGAAAAGUCGUCUUCAACCUGAACCAGCCUUAUUAACUGGCUGCAGUGGUGUGAUGGGGGGGGAGGGGGCAUCUCUCAUUUCUCCAGGUUCAGUGAUAGCUAAAAGGGGAUCUCUCGUUUUGAUUUUUCUGUAAAAUUGUGAGGGAGCUGGUAACUGUCCCUCUGGCACCCGACUAUUAAAUGGACCCUGGAAAGGCCUGUCCUGGCUUGGCAAGUCCCAAUAA